AUGGAGGAAUACUCUACAAUUUGUGAUGAAAAACUCGAUAUUCAAAUCGGACGAAAAGUUUAUAAUGAAAGGUGUUUGACAGAGACAAAUGGUGAUUCAAGCUCUGGAGAACUGGCGAAGAGAAAGAGUCCUUUCUCAAAAGUUUACCACAAAAUUGCCUCUUGCUCAUGCUCGUGGAAUGGUUUCCUUUCUCAUCUUGUCCGUCUUGCUCCGAUUAUUCGCUGGUUGCCGAAAUACAGCGUAAAGAAGGACUUAUCAGCUGAUAUUACUGGAGGUGUUACAGUUGGCAUCAUGCAUAUUCCUCAAGGUAAUCUUUUCGUUAAAAAAAAAUAAGCUAUAGGUAAAAAAAUAUAAGAAUUACGCUUAUUGACCGCGAAAGGUUUGAAUAAGGUAGGGAAGCCUACCCACACAUUUAUUUCGAAGCUUCUUGGGAAUGGUCAUAACUCGGAAAAAAAAAUCAACAAUUAAAUUAAAAAAUACCUGUCAACAUCUCGCACUUCAUUAAAUCGCUUAGAUACAGGAAGGUCGAAGAAAAAAAAAACAGAAAAAAAAAAGAACAGAACAAAUAAAACUGAAUGAGGCCAUAUUCUAGCGAUACCCUCGAUUUUCUUGAUCUUGUUUUGCUUCACACAUCAUGCGAUCAGAUCAUCAGAAAAUUUUUAGUAUUAAAAUUAAUUACGUCCCACAACUUAGCUAUUCUGUAAGAGCUCAAGUCACCCCACGUGAGCUCUCGGAGACUUAACUGAAGUUAUGGUCACUGAUCAGCAGAAUCAAGUUCCAUAGAUUGCCGCCUAAAUUUUCCCAAGUCCGUUUUUGUAUUUCUAAAGGCCAAAGUUUGGUUAAAACCAGAUUCGUUUUCCAAAGUUUUGCUUUAACAUAAAUUUAUGCAACAGGAUAAUGCGUCGUCAAGCAAACGACAGUAUUGCGACAGGUGUUUUUUUCAUUGCGGAUACAAUGAUGUAUUUUUUCGUUGCCGUCAUAGAUAUAUUUUUCCCAAUUUUUGUGGCAACGAUAUUGAUAGGAGCGUCGACCAGGUAUUUACCUUACCAUCAACGGUUGGGGAUAUGAUAUUGCAGACCAGAAAACCCGAGCUUUCAUAGUUUAAACAGCCGGGUGCACUUGUCCCGAUAUUGUCGAGUCAUUUUACUGCUGGGAUGCAAAUUUUUACUCAACAGACCACACUUUGUGAUUACCAUUGAAUGUUAAAUUCACGUCCGAUCUGCAUCUGAAGUACUUUGAUCGCACACCGCUUCACUCGCCUACAACGCAUACUUUAUUUGAUGUUAUGAGAUACUUAAGACACUACAAGGGUCCAGAACGGUCAAAAACAUAUGAUUUACUGUACCGGUUAAUCCUUGGAAUAUCGAAAUGUUAAAAACGUAUUUUAUAGGAGCAAUAGAGCGCACUUUCUAUCGGUUUACCGUCGCAAUAACCCACGCGGGAUGUAGUGAGAACACGAAAAAGAAAAGUUUGUAAAUACUCACCUUCGACUCGUAUUUUACAAACAUUUCUCCUGUGUUCUCUCAACAUUCCGCGUGGGUUAUCACGCCGGUAAACUGAUAGAAAGAGCAGUUAAUUAUCUCUAUGAGUAAUCUAAAAGCAUUUAACAGGAAACAGUAAAGAAAAUAUUACCUAUUUGAGUUUCGUUUUGACUCAGCACACACAAAUGAUAUGCAAAACCGCGAGUUGGUUUUUUUCGAUCGCUGAAAAGUCUGAAAAAAUAUUAUAUUUUGUCACGCAAAUAACAACGUUUCUAGGUUUUUAUGUAUAUUGUGCGUAAACAAAUGCACUAAAAGGAACAAACAAAUUAACUAUAAACCGCGCUUCCUUUAAUAUUGAUCUACUGCGAAGAAAAUUUGACGGAUGACGUUUUUUGCCGGUCUGGCACGUUGGAGUAUUCUGUAAAAUUUGCCGAGUCACCUAAAGGCGGAAACGCGAAAGCAAUAUUCGGUCAUUGAUGGUAGGGGGUAAUAUUAAUUAAAAUAAAACGGUCGCCUUGUUAACCCGUAAUCGUAUGGUGGGUAAUAUAGGCCCCCAGAAUAAAACCCGCACAAAUAAAUAUUUAAAAAAAUAAUAAAUUGGAUUUAUCUUAUCAAUUGUACAGAGAGAAAACCCCAUUAUUUCCUCAGUGAUGGAACUUUGUAUAAUUCUGUAAACUGGACCACAGUGAAAAACCCCAAGUAUUUUUCCACUGUAAGACGUUCAUUUUCUUAUUCAAGGAUUCGUUAUAACUUAAAAAUUCAUUGAUCAGUUUAUAUCAUAGAUGACAGAAAUGAGUCAAUUUGUCAGAUUGCACUGAAUUCAUGCAUGACAGAGUGGAAUAUUUUACACAAGCACCAGACAGUUCCGCCGUUAUUCGACGGCAUUCUUCUACAAACAAAAUAUUCUCUUUAUUUUUGUUGUCACAGUAAUUAGAUUCUAAACAGCCAAAUUUGACGAAUGAUUGAGACUAACUGUUCCUGUGUGUAUGGGCUUAGUUCUUUUUCCGGUAAAUAGAGCACUUCAAUAUUUGUAUAAACUGAAGGUUCAACAUGGCAUUCGACCAUAUAAUUACGUAGCAGUUAUUACCGAAGACGAGUGCAUAUCUAUGUUCUCAAAAUGCUGAAGAAACAAGGAAAGAUUUAACCCUUUCAUUGGCUGUAAACUGCAAGACAAUAAUAUCGCCAGCACUGGGUGUUAGCUUUUUCACUCGGAUAACUGAGAAUUGAAUGAAGGGAAUAACUUUAUAAAGAAACUGUGAUUCUGUGUCAGUGGGGUUACCGGUAUAGCAAGACAGUCCGGUUUUAACACCCGAGUAGCAAAAGUGAACAAGCCAACAUUAGCCAUUCUUCAAAAUUAUAUUUUAAAUAAUUCUCCAUUGGUAAUAGAAAUGACUGCGUAACCGGGCCUCCAGACUGAGAAAUCCCUCAACUUCCUUCGCGUGUCCUCUCGAAAACGCAUGCUGCUCGUUGCACACGCGAAUCGCGAGUGUAACCAAAUACCGCUAGUACUCAUAUUGUCACCGAGUGAAUGCUGAAAUGUUCCUCGAUUACUUUUUCUUCACGUGUGAGUCAUAAAUGUCAAGUGACUCCCAAGCUUCUACCUAACCUCCUGUUUCCAUUGACUGUAAGUUCUAUAUACGCUUGAAUAUGGGGUGAAUGGCAAAACUCUCGUCUGCAGAGUAAAAUGAAAUGGAAUCGCUUGAAGAGUGGUCAAUUUGCCGCCAAAGCCCUGACAUAGAUAUCGCCAGAAACGUUUACGAGGAAAGCUUCUUCACUGCAACAAGACCCCAUGGCCGUCCACGGAGUGCAGAGGAAGGCUCAUCGAAGAAGAGCCAUUACUGGCAUGUCGUUCAACGAAAGCUUUUUCCGAGGUCGUGUUCAUGGAGUGGUUUGAUCUCUUUUCUGUCUCGGCUCAUGCCGAUUAUUCGCUGGUUACCAAAAUACAACAUCAAAGAAGAUUUGUUUCCCGACGCAAAUGGUGGUGUUACAUUGGCAGUUAUGCAUAUUCCUCAAGGUAUAGCAAUAUUUUACUGAUCCAUGGAUAGUAUGUCUCGUCAUCAGCCCUUCGUCAGAGCUCGGACGAAGGGCUAACGCUCGAAACGUCAGCCUUCUAACUCUUUACGCUGGCCAAUUUACGUUAUCAACUCAAUUGAUAACACUAAAUUACCACCUUAAGAUAUAGUCUGGCAACAGCUCUGAUCGAUUUAUGCGUGAUGCGUUCUCGAAACAAACAUUAAACAAAAUCGGUUCGAACUCAGCAACAGUAAGGAAUGACCGACCAGCAUUAAUAUGACUGCAUAAAAAUUACUUGGCUUUAUUCAUUUGGGUCGGAUCAUGAUAAUAUUUUGACCAGCAUUGUGUAAGAUCCCAUCGAGAAUGAAAUCGAAUUCGAAAUGAAACGAAAUGAAAUUCCAUCAAAAUGCCCAUCGCGUGACGUUUUGCAUUGUACUUCUUAGCGUGAGGUCACGCACUCUCUGAGGCCGCUGGUUAACACUUUACACCCUAACAUCAGUGUACGUUUUCUUCGCAAUGUUCUCUAUACAUUUCCUUUGGUACUGACAAGGAGAAUUUGCUUAACAAUCAAGAACUUCUUUAGUUGGUGAUCAUUUCCUUUAUUCUCAUGACUUCGAUGUUUGUUUUAGGGGUGAUACUGAUGGGAGAAAAUAGUUACUUAUCACUCAUAGGCGUUAAAGAGUUAAACAUUUUAUUGAAACUGCUCUUUGUUGAUGUGUGAGUGUUGUUGAUGUUGUUUUUCUAUAGGUUUGGAGCAAAGGACAUAAUUUGGCAGUUCGCUUUCAUUGUUAUCGCGAGAAAUUAUUGUCAAAAUAUCAAUAACAAUUCAUCAAACCCUUCGGAGAUUUUGAGUCUCUCUGCUGAAAUCGGCGUUUGUUAUUUUGUUUAUUUACCUCGUUUUACGUCAUCUAUGACCAGCAUCGCGCGUUCAUUUUCGUUUCUAUCGACGGAAGAAUUUUGUCGCAAAUGCAAGAGGAGGUGCAUGCGCUGUGAGAAGAAUGGGAGAUGGUGGAUCACUGCCGGGGGUUAGUCGACAGGAGCUAUCGGCUGCACAAAUUGUGUAGACUUAAUUAAUAGCCGUUGGUAGUUUGCGAAAAUUAUCAUGGCUUUAGCAUCUUUGAAAACUGUCACAUGUCAGGAGCUCAUUUUUGAGUAAUGGCGGGCUGCUGCACAUGUCCUUUUCUGACGUCAUUUUUUUCUCUUCUAGGACUCGCAUUCGCCAUGCUGGCUUCUCUUCCGCCGGUCACGGGACUUUACACCGCCAUUAUCCCAGUUUUGGUUUAUAUGAUCAUGGGUACAUCACGACACUUGUCUGUAGGUACGGUGGAUUUUUUCCUUUCCUUUUUUUAUAUUUCUGCAGCUUGAAGGAAUGAUGCUAUCAUUUAUGCACCAGUCUUUGGUUGUAUUAACCAUUUACACCCCAACAUCAGUAGGCAUAUUCUCCAUACUGUUCUCUAUACAUUUCCUAAGGCGCUGACUGGAGAAUUUGUUUACCAAUCAAAGGCGCUUUCCAUUGGUGAUCAUUUCCUUCAAUCUCAUGACCUUAAUGUGGGAUUCAGUGGUGAGAUUGUGAGGAGAAAUUAGAUUAUUAAAACUGAAAAUUAGAAGCCAGUCAUUCACAAAUGUUGAUAGUGAGACAAGAAAUCAGUUUAAUGAUUGGUGUUGUUGUCACGUGACAGGUAGUUUCGCAGUCAUUUGUUUGAUGGUGGCUCAAGUUGUUGAACGUGAAGUGGGUUCCAUGCCAUUAUCACCCAGUCCCACACCAGGUAAUGGCUCGAUGUCCAGUCCUUCUCCGACAGGUGCAAGCACCGGGUUAUGGACACCCCUCGAGACAGCCAAAAUGGAGGUCGCCAUUUCCCUUUCCUUACUCGUUGGUAUCAUCCAGGUAAAAUGAUAUACCAUUUGCUUGCUACAAAAUGUAAAUAAUAGUUUAAAAGAAUGAUUUUUCACGGUAGGUUAUCAUGGGAGUGGCGAGGCUGGGAUUUGUGGCGACUUUCUUGUCGGAGCCAUUGAUCAGCGGUUUUACUACAGGAUCAGCGGUAUUCGUUGUCAUCAGCCAAUUGAAGCAUAUACUAGGACUGAAAGUUCCUCAGAUCACUGGACCACUUGCUUCAGUGAAGGUAACUAUGCCAUGAGCCCACUGUUCUUUCAAACCAUCUGCCGAAUUCUUGGUAAAGAAAUCUCGAAGUUUGAAAAAAUCAUUAGCUCAUGUUCUACCAAAAUUACUGUAAAAUCAUAUCCCUCAGAGCAGCUUAGCUGAAAGAAAGCUCAAAUCCAGGUUCUUUAGGCUUUAGAUUCUUUGUAUCGUUUCUCCGCACUACUUAAUUAUGAAACUUCGCGUAUCUAUUUUGUUGCUUCUCGUGCUCCACUAAAUUUUAAUAUUGGAUUCUUUUCCAAGAUAGAUUUUACGACAUAAAUCCAGAGCGAUCAAGACGUAGUGUUAGACUUAACCUUUUCAAUGAUUCAAACCAACGAUGGUGAUAAUUGCUUUCAGAUCUUCACGUAUAUGAUGAAAAACAUUCCCUCAGCGAACAUUGGAGCCGUAAUUACAGGCGUGCUCUGUCUUGUUCUGUUAAUUGGACUAAAACAAGUCAAUGAGAGAUUCAAGCAAAAACUGAAAGUUCCCAUCCCUGCAGAACUUCUAGUGGUAAGAAUAUUUAUUUCAUCGGGUUGCUUGUAGGAAAGUAGCCGUGGAUAUGAAACAGUGCCUUGGGCAUUUUCUAUUCUUCCUCCAAUUGAGAUUCAUUUACUACAGAGGCGUAGCCAGGAUUUUCAAAGGGGGGGACACACUGUGUCAAACUGAGGGUACUCACCAGUUUUCGCCACCUGAAUAUUGUUGGUUGUUUUCUUAAAAAAAGGCUUACAGAUGGGGGGUUAAGGGCACUCCAGGUUCCCCCCCCCCCGUAGCUACGUCCGUGGGAAACAAGGAAAACUUCGAAGACAAAGGCGCUCAAGAGACACGAUUUUGUCACUUGCGUAAAUUCUGCGGACAUUCUACAAGUUACAAUUGUUCGCCAAGCUUUUCGUAGUUUCAUAAACUUGAAAUAGGAAACAACUUGAAUUAAGAGACGCGCGGGAAUGAGGAUGGGGAGAACUACGAUAGCAAGACUACCUGCCUAGCACGCCUCUUGAUUGUAACCCAGUAAUAACGGACUAAAUUUCUUCGUCCGCCCUUCCGCUUCCCUCCGUCAACCUUCACAAUACUGUUUUCUCGAGGACCGGCCUGUUCUCACCUUUAUUUCCUUUUUUAUCUGAUCAGGUUGUUGUCGGAACUGCCAUCUCAUAUGGUGCGGCCAUCAAUGCGAACUUUGGUACAUCGAUCAUAGGAGAAAUACCAAAGGGGUAUGUAAUAUGCAUAGUGGUGUGCCAGACACACGUAACACAGUGCUUUGCAACGAUUUGUCUUUGAACACAGAGCGGGAACAGUUUCCCUUAUGUGACAUUCCUUAAAAUUAAACCUUCCCGGUAACGAUAUUUCGGUUGCAACUACGUAUGGCUUAAAUUCGAAGUCUGAUAUCAUUUAUGGGCACAAAAUUAUUUUUAUAGGCUUUUAGUAGCUACGUUGUCUACGAGAAGAAGUUCAUUUGUCUUCUAACAAACUGCGUCUUUUGUGCAAACUUUUGUCCCAAGUUCGAAUUGCGACGAAGAUUUUUCCUGCGUCAGCUCCCGUACAGACCAGUGCUCAAGAAAUUCUUCACGUUUAUUUGGUGAUUCAUUUUCUUGAUUUGGUUUCAGACUUCCUCCUCUGAGUGUGCCAUCUUUAUCCCGGAUGUCGAACAUUUCCUCAGACGCCUUUGUUAUCGCAGUAGUGAUAUUUGCCACAAACAUCUCGCUAGCCAAAAUGUUUGCUAAGAAGCGUGGUUACACAGUCGAACCAAACCAGGUUUGUUUAGCAAGCAUUGAUGGGUGUUGGGUUCUUGGGAAGACACUCUUUUUCACUGCGCCUCCCCCCUCCCCCUCCCCUGCCAGGGAGUCUGAACGGGUGCUGGUAAACUGUCAGGGAAAACUAUAGAAGAUAUCUCCCUGUGAUGGACUAGCAUCUUACCUGACUUAACUAUGCAGUACAAUUGAUUUUGAACUGGGGGAAGUAGAAAUACACCUAAUCGCUUCAUGCUGCUGAAACUGAGACAAACUCCGCCGGGACGGCCCUUUGUAGCUCAUAAGCCAACAUAACCUUUGCCAACACAUCAAUUAUUGGUCUUGGUAUAAAUUGGGUGAUGGAAGACUUUACCUCAACCCUUUAAAGAGGCAGGCGUCAGCGAAGAGAUUGCGAUGUAGAGUAUUCAGAUCAUUUUUUCUGUCGAAACGUCCUUAUACAUAAGUGUAUUUCAACUUUCGAUAUGGGCGGCAACUGUAAAACAGGUAACAUCAGAUUUAGCGUGCGUUGAUCCUGCUCAGUCAGACUGAGUUGGACAUUAAGGCUCUUGUUUAACAAAUCACAGAUCCCUGUAAUCAUACUGCUGUUUUUCUUCACUUUUCUCAUCUCAGGAGCUGAUUUCGUAUGGAGCAGGAAACAUUGCUGGCUCUUUUUUUUCGUGUUUCCCGAUCUGCAACGCUUUAGCACGUACAGCGGUACAGGAAAACCUUGCAAACACACAGGUAACCGAACUAGCCGAAUACAGUUUUCUUAUUAUUUUUGAAUCAUUCCUUGAAUUUGAAAGGCCACUGACCUCACGUUAAGUGCAACAACCGUCGUGUUGAUAAGUAGCGUCAUUUUGUUCAGCAUAUCAAUGUUUUACGAGGUGUAGAGUGAGUUCUUCUUCGUAGCGCACCGAUUUAGAGCAAUUAUGAAAAGAAGUGUUCUGCGCGCGCAAAAGGAUGUUUCACGGAUUGAUUGUUUCUUUUGUGUUAUUAUUUCACAGCUUUGCAGCGUGGUUGUGAUCGCCUUGAUCCUUCUAGUUCUACUGUUUAUUGCUCCACUUUUUUACCAUCUUCCAAAGGUGAACUAUACGUUUCAAAAUUUUCUGCGCUGGCACAUGCUGUUGAUAUGUCAUUUCUUGGAUUUGCAAACGUUAUUUUUGGUUAUUAUUACUUUUGAGUCCAUCAAGUUAUGUUUGCUUUAAUCCAGGCUAUCCUAGCCGCAGUUGUGAUCGCCAAUCUCGUUGGCCUGCUCAGACAAUUUUCAAGGCUGCGGGAUUUAUGGGGAAUUCACAAACCUGAUGCGGUAAAUAGUUCUCUCUUAAUCCUUUAUUCCUUAAGAUCAGUAUACAUAUUCUCCUUACUGUUCUCUAUACAUUCCUUAAGGUGCUGACAUAGAGAAUUUUAUUCAACAAUCAAGGGCUUCUUUAGUUGGUUAUCAUUUCCUGUGUGAUUCAUGGAUGUUAUUGUAAGGAGAAAUUGGAUACUUGUCACUUUUAGGCUUAAAGGGUAAACGUACCUCGAUAAUUACAUUACUAGUGGAAUUAACAGCUAGAUUAAUACCACAAAUAGUAAAACAAGGUCAGCAUGCGAAUCAAUUGAAGUUUUCAAAAAGAUGUGUAAAAAAUGUUUAUUCCGUUUUGUUUUGAAAUCUCACAGGUUGUAUGGUUUUUCACUUGUUUUGGUGUCAUACUGCUGGGAGUUGAUGUUGGACUGGGUGUAGGAGUGAUCUGUGCGUUAUUUGCAGUAGUUUUAUCCCUUUCCAGGUAAAAAAAGACUACAUCUAUGUUGAUUUCUUUCCUUUUCCUUAUUUUCACUUAUUUAGCAUGGGUAGUGGUCAAUUGUAGUAUGCAACACGGCUUUAUUGACAGCUUGAAUAACGGGGUUAAGUUUCUAAGAAAAACCGUCGUACUGCGUCGGCGGGAGAUCAUAACAGGGUAAUUUAUUAUUGUCAAUUGAGUUGAUAACGUAAAUUAGCCACCGCAAAGAGUUUUGAGUUUUAAAGCUGACGUUGCAAGCGUUAGCCCUUCGUCAGAUUCUUCGCUCUGACGAAGGGCUAACGCUCGAAACGUCAGCUUUUAAACUUUUUAUGGAAAUCUUAUCGAUUGAUAAGAACAAAAGCUCGCCAUGAGCUCUUGAUUUUUGCGUAGAGAUCUAGAAGUUCUAUUUCUAUAAGGCAGGACCCUCCGUUUCUCCCUACAUCAGACUCUGCAUCCCCUCUGAUUUAAACUGUAUUUUUCAAAAUUUCUCCAUUUUAGAUCCAGGCACACAAUCCUUGGAAGAGUAAAAGCAACUGAGUUAUAUCGUGACAUCAAGCAAUGUCCCUCGGUACGUUAUUUGUCUAAAUUUGAAAAGUAGCUUAUUGUAGUUACUUUCUUUCUCCCUAGCGCUUUAUAUGUACUUGUUGUAAAUUCGAGUUCCAAAGAUCAGCGUUAUCAAUAGUGGAUUCAGGUUUAUAGGCUAAAAUAUGUCUGAAAUGUCAUUUCCGACUUCAUUUCGAUUUGAUCACCAAACAAUAACGCUUGCAUGUGACAUUUUCCCUUAAAGGCCUUCGAGGUCCCUGGUGUGAAGGUGCUAAGACUCGAGUCCCCUCUUUACUUUGGUAACGUGGAGCGCUUCAGAAAUGCGCUGGUUAAUGCCUCUGGACUGGAUCCCAGUUCUCAACAGAAAGCGCGCAAAAGGGUCAAACUGGGAAACGACGACGAAAAAUAUGAUCUUCUCGAGAGUGAAAACGGAGGAAACUGUAACGGAGAGAUUCCUAAUGGUGUAAGUUAGAUUUAGUAACUCCCUUAUAAAGUAUUCGCAGUAAUAAGUCGAAUACUGGCGCAAUAUCGAUUGUCCAAGUAAAGUUACGUUCCCUUUCGUUCGUGGAGAACAAUAGUGGACCUUAGACAGACCUCGAUAUUAUUGCGGUUGGUGGUUUCUUUGGAACAGUAUUUAGAUCUAGUUUCUUUGCGCGAUAAACUUUCUACAUUCCAACAAUUGGAUCAAUCAGGGUGUCACCACCAGCGUCACAGAAUAGAUACCAACAUCUUUGAGUCAAGGAUGUUGACAACACUUUUUUUUCAACCUUCUGUUUGCUCCUCUGCGAUGCUGGCAUAGUUGUAGGAUGUCUACGUUUAGCACCAAAGCCGUUAAUAUCUCUCGAGGUUCUUCCCCUCUUGUGAUCAUGACGGGAAAAUUCUAUCGCAUUGUGUUUUGAACAUGCGCGUAAUUGUCUUAACUGUCUAAAUGUUUAAUUAUUUCCCAAUUUUUUAAAUAGAAACCAAUUCCUUUGGAAAACAAAAGGACCUCAAGGACAACUGCUGUUGAAGUUGACGAGCCGCAAACCUGUAUUCACACUGUCGUCGUUGAUUGUAGCAGUUUUACUUUCAUCGAUUCGGUUGGACUUCAUGCGCUUCCAUCUGUAAGUACCAAGCUUAGGGACUUGUCAUUUUUUAUCGGCUGGAUGGGAUGGGAAGGGGGCUCUGGGGGUCGGGGGUCCGGGGGGGUUGAAGGUUAAAGGAUUUUGGUUUUGUCACGAUUGAAUUUACCUGAUAUCUCCCCAUUAGGCUCUAUACGAUUCCCUCCUCAUUGGCAGUUAAUUGGAAGUCAAUUUUCCAUAGUCUCCCUUUUACACUCUUUUGGUGACGACUGAUCCCCUUUCUGUUCCUUCUGGAAACCAUGUGAUCCCCAAAAAUCCUCCACCCUUACCUGUCAGUAUGAUAGUACCAGACUCGUUCGCAACUUUUGCAGACGUAAGACGCGCUUAUAACACGUGUCAGUUGUCUCUUAAAUUCCUUAAGUACGUUGGAGGCACCUUCUUCCUCUCUCCUAUGAAUAGUUCAUUUGCAUUUUUUGUGAGCCCCGCCGAAAGGCAGGGCGACGAAAAAUUGGUUUAUAUACUCAUUCAACUGUUCUCCUCCACGGAAAUCUUUAGUAAAAGGCGAAAGAUUUGUGCGUAAUGAAGGGAAACCAGAAUUAGCGUCAAUGUGAUUGACCGGGCGUUAUGUAGAAAGUAACAUCACAGAGCAUAUGGGACAGGGAAUUCCGCUACAGUUUCGACUCACUUGGAUAUUAAUGACACGCAUGCAAAACAUUGCGUUUAGUUUGUUUAAGCUCCAGCUCUCGUGUUACCUUAUAACGAUAAAACUGCGGUGAAACUUUUGAAAAACGCAAGAAAAAUCUCUUUCCACGGCGGAAAGGAAUAUUUUCCGUCCACUGACCGACGAUCACCGGUGUCAGUAAAUCCUUGGAUACGCGCAUAAAAAGCUGUCUUUUACGUCGGCAAUGGUUGCUACAUAGUACUACAACGGUGAUUGCUAAACCCUGCGUGUAUUUAUCAAUUGUUUCGCAUUUAUUCGAGAAAUCUUCUUUUCAUCCUCUAGCUUCUAUCGGAGUUCAAGAAAGCUGGAGUUCAGAUAUACCUGGCUGGUUGCUCUUGUGAGUAUUUCCUUUUUUCAAGUUUUAAAUCAUAGUUUGGGCGGAAUUCACGAUAAAAAAAUUACUCUUAUUAUUAUUAUUAAGCGUGAUGUCCGAUUCUCUGACUUAAGAAUUUAAUUAGUAAGCGUAAUAUCGUCUCUCCACAGCAAUUCUCAUUAAAAGGCUCGCAAGUUCCACUAAGAAGGCCGUCAUACCGGCCAUUCCACAUCACGCGAUGUUUCCAUCCAUUCAUGACGCUGUUAUAUCUGCCAUAAGAUCACGUGACUACGCGGUAAGUUUCACAAUCAUGCGACGGCUAAACAAAACUGAUGCGCAUGUCUUUUCCUUGAUAGCGAAGAGCGAGUGUACCAUGAAAUACUAUGGAGUUUCUGACCUUUGAUACUGUCACCUCUCAUUCUGAUCUUUCGGAUAUUUUUAAUGUUUUUACUUACGUUUUGGGCACUUUUGCGAGUGUUCUUGAGACUUAAAAUAGAUAUUAAGGUUCAUAUCAUGGAUCGUUGUUUUUGGUUCAUGUCCGCACGCUGAGUCAUAUUCUGACUAUCACAUGAUCUUAAUUCAUUUGGAAGUGCGCGGGAAAAUGCAUUCUUUGGGACAUCCUGGGGUACACAUAUCAAUGCAAUAAUUCACGUUCCCACUUUGCAACUUUAUAUAUUGCAGUAUGGGUAAAUAUAUCCCCAUUUUGCUUUCCUUGCAGCUUUGGGGAGAAGACUUGGAGAAGGAGACAUGUUUGUAAUACUGAUCCUCGCUGAUAUUUCUGUCGUGGAAAAUUUCAGAUCGUUAGUAGUUCUUUUAUCACUGGCGAACGAAAUAAACGUUUUAAAAAUCGGUGACAGAGAGGGGCAGGGUGAUGAACUCCUCGUGCAGAAUAGAAGGGCCUUUCCGAGAGGUCUAAAUGAGCGUACCCCAAGAAAACAAUGAAGGUCUAUAGACUUAAAAAAUUUUUAUUUUUAGUGGAUACUCCGUUGUGGGAGGGAGUUGGGCUCUUAGCCUCUAAAUUUCCAUAUUACCUUAACGAAUAAAUUUUGUAUUUUUCUUCCGUCGGACGGAUACUGUAAGAG